UUGGAGGGAUAAUUUAUUAUUGAUCCCUCACAAUCUGAGUCUCUUCUGCAGACCAACAUUCCAUCAGUGAAAAAUCUAGCAAUUAUUUAUUUGAAUUUACUCAGUUUUUCUUUCCUUACUGUUUUCAAUUUCUCCUAAAUUUAAACAAUGAUUCAGAGAAGAAACAUCCGAUUUCUGGUAUUGAUUUUGGGGUUUAUUGCUACCCAAGUGAAAUCCCUUCGAUUUGAUCUGCAAUCUGGUCUGACUAAAUGCAUAGCUGAAGAUAUCAAGAGCCAUGCCAUGACUGUAGGCAAGUACCAUAUCGUGAACCCCAAUGAAGGAUAUCCUUUGCCCGAUACUCACAAAGUCACUGUCAGGGUGACAUCUACAUAUGGAAAUACCUAUCACCAAGCGGACAAUGUUGUUGAAGGGCAUUUUGCUUUUGAGACAGCGGAAACUGGGGAUUACAUGACUUGCUUCUUUGCUGCUGAUCACAAGCCUCCUGUAACUGUUACUCUUGAUUUUGACUGGAAGACUGGUGUAGCUGCUAAGGAUUGGACGAAUGUUGCCAAGAAAGGUUCUGUUGAAGUAAUGGAAUUUGAACUAAAGAGGAUGUUUGAAAAUGUUAAAGCCAUCCAUGAUGAGAUGUUUUUUCUUCGUGAAAGGGAAGCUGAAAUGCAGGAAUUGAACAGAUCUACCAACUCCAAAAUGGCUUGGAUGACUGGCUUGUCAAUCGUUAUAUGUUUAUCUGUGGCAGGAUUGCAGGUGUGGCAUUUAAAGACCUUCUUUGAAAAGAAAAAGCUUAUCUAAUGUUGUUUCUGAUAACUUAAUAAUGCGGCAUGUGGGUGUAGAAUUUUCCACAGUUUACAGUUAAAGAGGGUAAGCAAUGUUUUUGAGUUAAUUGUGAUAGAGGGAGAACUUGGAUCUUUUUAGUUUAUUAUUAUCCAUUUUGUACUUUUAUGUGACACAUUUUUCCGUUUA